AUGGUCUUUGAGGUGAUUCUGAGUCCAUGCUGUGAUUUCCACUCCAGAGUCCUGUCUGUUUUUAUUACCCUGAAGAUCAGGACCAUCCAGUCCUGGUUCUGGUCCUGGUCCAAAUCCACUCAGAAACAUUAUUCUGUAACUGUUGAACUGUUCACUCACGUUGUCUCUCACAGAGUCCUGAGACUCAAAGAGACUUUUGUUUUUCUCACUUUUUACCAACAUUUGAGUCAAAACUCUGAUCUGGUUUUAAUGUCUGUGAAGUUUCCAAUCAUCUUUAAUUUUCCGAUCAUCAUUCAGUUUCCUAUCAUUAAGUUUCCGAUCAUCGUUAACACUUUAGCUGCUGCAGUUUUAAAAACAGGAAAGGUUUUUAUCUGA